CUUUAUGUUAUUGCAAAUACUAACGCUUAAUAUAGUGUAUUGUGUUUAAAAUUCCAUAAAAAUUAAUAUAAUGAACAGAGAUAACAGUAUCUUCGCAGAUUCUAAACCUAAAACUUCUAAAUCGCACAAAAGUAACAAAGUUUCCAAUCUGUUUGAAAUCAAACGACCCAAAAAGCACAGAAGCGUGCACAGAACAAAUUCGGUACAAUCCGAUGCAGCAUCGGUAAGAUCGCUUGAAUUGCCUGAGUAUUCCAGUAAAAAUUCACGUCACAAGCAUAAAGUUAGAAAAGGAAGCACGCGCUCUGAAGAUCUGGAUGUGCUGGAAGAUAUAAAAAGAAGUCGUUCAGUUGGUGAGCAGUUGCACCACGUUAUGGAAGAAAAAACAUGUAACGAUGAUUAUAAACUUAACAUCAACAGUUUUAAAAAUUUGACAGAGGAUGUAGAGGACGAUAGUGUUGAAUAUAUUUUUUGUGAAACACCUACCAACGAUAAAGAUGAUUUUUUCAAGCUGGACUUGACAGAAUCGACAGUAGACUUUGGUGGUUUAAAAAUUAUGAAUAUAUCUAAUGGUGAAGACUGUGCUUUUGAAUAUAGUUCCUUUAAACAAGAUUAUGGGGAAUAUUCCUCCGUAAACAGUGAUAGUAAAGACUGUGAUAAUUUUAAUACUUUCGACGACAGCGAUAGUGAAUUAGGACAAUAUACCGUACCAUUUUGGUUGAUGAAAAAAAGCUUUAUCCAUAAAAACACGAACGAUAACCUGGACGACGAGGUAUCCCCUCAAAUUUCAGAAAAAAGUCUUACUAUAAAACGAUUUGAUACUAUCUUCAAAGAGACUGAACCUAAACAAGAUGAGACAGAAGAAGACAGUGCCAGUAUUUCUGAAGAUUCAUCAACCGGUACACUUAUGGAGAAAAAACAUCGUUCUAUCAACACACAUCAUAAAAGGCCACCUCAAAUUUCAGAAGAAAGUCUUACUAUAGAACGAUUUGAUACUAUCUUCAAAGAGACUGAACCUAAACAAGAUGAAAUAGAAGAAGACAGUGCCAGUAUUUCUGAAGACUCAUCAACCGGUACACUUAUGGAGAAAAAAUAUCGUUCUAUCAACACAUAUCAUAAAAAGUCACCUGAAAUUUCAAAAGAAAGUCUUACUAUAGAACGAUUUGAUACUAUCUUCAAAGAGACUGAACCCGAACAAGAUGAACAAGAAGAAGAUAGUGCCAGUAUUUCUGAAGAUUCGUCAACCAGUACACUUACCGCAAAAAAGCAUCGUUUUAUUAAAAAUUCAGACGGUACUAGUAGUCGCAGGAGGAUGGCACGCAGAAGAACAGGUAUUCUUAUGAAGCGAAAUACUGUCAAAGAAUUGGCGCAUGUUUUUGAAAAUUUCGAGGAUGCAAGUAAAAAUGGUGAGACUGAGAGUUAUCGCAAAAGCUUUUUCGAGGAAAUGGAAAAGGAAAAUGAACAAAUGUUGCUGGAUGGGUUUGAUGAUGACGUUUAUUUAUCUAUAAAGAAACUUCAUUUAGAUGAUGAUGGGAAUAAAGAAGAAAUUGAAAGUUUCGUAGAUCCUGACGAGCAUGUGGUAAAAAGACAAGACGUAGACCCUUUAACUCUACAAGAUGUUGACGACUUCUUCGGAAAAAUGUGUUUCAACGAAAAUAUCGAAGACGGAGUGGAUUUUGUAGAAGCCUACAAUCAAGAUGGGAUGGAACUAGUAAUAUGCACUUACCAACUUGAUCGACAUAGCAUAGACUUGAAUCGAUUAAAUAGUUUGAUGAUGAGUUCAGAAAUUGCAUCGCCACUAGUAGAAUUGAAUGAACAACACCUAUUUUUAAGUGACGACUGGCAAAAAUUAAUGUCAUCUGAAAAUUAUUUUAGUAACGGUGACGAUUCGAAAAGGAAUACUCUGUAUUCUACAACUUCUGGUGAUAGUUUUGAAGAAGAAGUUCCUAUCAUUGACGAACGCCGCACCAGCAAACGGCGUGAAACAAUAACCGAUGAAUAUGGAGAAGUUAGAAUAGAAAGAAUCAAAUAUGUUAACGAUGAUAUUAAGGAGAACGACACUAACAAUGAUCCUCCAGAUAAUGAAAAUGUAGAUAGUAAGUCUGAGUAUAAUGAGGAGUUUGAAGAGAUUGAAUUUAACUGUGAACAACUGGAGCACGAAGUAACUAUUGGAGCAGCUUUGACUAAAAAAUCUCCGAUUAUGUAUAUAUUAGAAGAACUUGUCCUGACAGAAAAAAAGUAUGUUAGAGACUUGGGAAGAGUUAUUCGUGACUACAAACCGUUCCUUCAAAAAAGCCACCCGGAUUUGUGCAGAACUAUAUUUGGCAACCUGCAACACAUCUACGACAGACAAAAACAAUUUUGUCAUGCUCUAGCAAACUGUCGACUAGAUCAGAAUCUUAUUGCCCGUGUCUUUAUUGAUUAUGAAACUUUGUUUGAUUUGUAUCCAAGAUAUUUCAAAGGCACUCCAAGAAGUAACGCUGCUGUUAAACGUAUUCAUGAGGACCUUAAAAAAAGACAGGAAGAAUUACAAAAUAAGUUGGGGCUUGCUGCAUAUAUCCUCACACCGGUACAAAGAUUAGGAAAGUACAAACUAUUACUAGAAAACAUUAUUAAGGAACUAAAGAAAAAUAAUGAGACUGUAGGAUCUGUGGAAAUGGCUUUGGAUAUAAUUAAAAAAUACAUGCGCAAAGGCAACGACGCUGUGGCAGUAGGAUCCAUCAUGAACAGUACUAUUAAAAAUUAUGGUUCUUUUAUUAUGAGAGAAAAAAUCGCUUUGAUGAAACCAAGAAGACUGGACGUUGUAGUGUUUUUGUUUGAACUAGUUGUGGUUAUAACCGUGGAAGUACAGAACGACAAGGAACAAUUCAUGUUUUACAAAUGUAUAUACACCAACGACCUUAGAAUUGCGACUUUUAACAACAAUACCAUUCAUCUAACGGAUUUCGCUAAAGAGAAGAAAACCCUGAGGUUGAAAUACACUUAUGUACUGGACGCCAGACUACCAAAAAUUAAGGAUACUUGGAAACACGAGAUAGAGAAGAUUUUGUGGAAUCAGCUCAACAACAUAAAAGAGAAAGCUCUCCAAAAAAAUAAAACACUUCCAAGAAUUCCAGUCGCCAAAGUAGAAGAAAAGGAGGUAAAAGCAAAGUCGAAAACAGUUCCCAGGCGAUCAAAAUCAGUAACAGGAAACUCAGUUUUCUACAUGAGAUAAGAUGACAAAAAUUUGCUCAGUGACUGGACGGGACUGUAUUUAAAAUAAAAUAUUAUCAGUCACCGUAUAAAAAUGUGAUUCUAUAUUAUUUCUAAUUUAUUUACUUUUUUUAUCUAUUAAAUUGUUUAAGCACGAUUUUUUCGUGGUUUUUGAAAUUAUACUAACUACUUAAUCUAUGAAAUUUGCGUAUAUUGUUUUUAUAUACCUAAUGUUGAAAAAAAUACGCCACAUAUUAUCAAAUAAUGUGAAAGAAAUUGAAAUUUGUAUGAUUUUAUUUUGUAAUAAAACUAUAAUAAGU